AUGGCGACCAAGGCCGAACGGUUCGCCAAGCCCAUCAACCCUGCACACCUGCCCCAGGGCUUUGCCGUCGCGGCCACGUAUGCAGGCAUCAAAAAUGCCAUCUCCCCCUCGCCCUCGAAGCCACCGGCAAACCCCAAGCCGGACCUGGCCCUGAUUACCACGGCAGUCCCUGUGGCGGCUGCGGGGACGUUCACCAAGAAUGCAUUCAAAGCUGCCCCAGUCGUCCUCUCGUCCAACCUGCUUCUUCAGGGUGCAUCGUCGUCCAACGGCUCGCGAGCAAAGAGCGUUUUGGUCAACUCUGGCUGCGCCAAUGCUGUCACGGGAAUGGGUGGCUACGAGGAUGCUUCCCGGUGUGCCACGCUCGUCAGCGAGCUGCUCCCGGCCGAAAACCAGGAGGACAACAAGACGCUGCUCCUCUCGACUGGCGUCAUUGGCGUGCCCCUGCCCAUGGGCGCCAUCCAAGAUGCCCUGCCACGCAUCGCAGACAAGGAUAUCCUCAACAGUUCCGAGCAGAGCUGGUGGGAGGUGGCCCGCGCAUUCAUGACGACAGACACCUUUCCCAAGCUGCGUGCCAAGACGUUCAACCUGGGCGGCCGCAAGUGCGGCAUCGUAGGCAUUGACAAGGGCGCAGGCAUGAUUCACCCAGCCAUGACGGGACCACAGGGCACCACUGGUGGCAAUAGGCAGCUUCACGCAACGCUGCUCGGCCUCGUCUGCACAGACGCACCCAUCUCGCCCGAAGCGCUGCAGUCGGCCCUGGAGCAUGCCAUGGCCCGCUCCUUCAACUGCAUCUCUGUCGACGGCGACAUGAGCACCAACGAUACCGUCAUUGCCCUUGCAUCCGGACUCGCCCCCAUCCUGCCCGAUGCCGAGGGCGGCGAGCUGGCCCUGGAGCCCGGCGAGGAGAUCACCGAGCAAGGGCACCCCCAGGAAUACGCCCAGUUCGUCGAGGAGCUCACGACGUUCUGCAAGGAGCUGAGCCACCUCAUCGUCCGCGAUGGCGAGGGGGCCGAGAAGUUUGUUGAGAUUGACGUUCGGGGUGCGCCCACGUACGAGCACGCGCACCGUAUCGCAUCGUCGAUUUCGACUUCGGCCCUCGUCAAGUGCGCCCUCCACGGCUCCGAUGCAAAUUGGGGCCGCAUUCUCUGCGCCGUGGGCUACGCAGAUCUGCCCAGUGCCGGCAGUGGACAGCAGAAGAAGUGGGAAAUCGACCCUCUCAAGGUCAAUGUCCAAUUCUUGCCACGGUCAGGCCAAGGCCUCCCCGAUGACGCUGCGGUGCCUGGCUCUCUCGUCGUCCUCAAGGAUGGCGCCCCGGUCGGAGUAGACGAAGCAGAAGCCGCCAAAUUGCUCGAAAAGGAAGACAUCUUCCUCAGAGUCGACUUGCAAGGAGGUUCGUGGGGCCCAGCCGAGGGCGCCAAGGAGUCGGCCACGUACUGGACAUGCGACCUCUCAAAGGAGUAUGUUGCGAUCAAUGGUGACUACAGGACGUAA